AUGGCGUCUUCGAUUACGGCUGAUUUACCGUCUCCAACCUCACCUGAUCCAUUCACUUCGGCAGCAGAGACAGCAGAGUCCUGUUCUGACGAUGAGGAGAAAAAGGAUUGUCAAACCGGAAAGGAGAGUUGCACAGUUUACUUACAUCGGCUUAGCUCCGAUCUCCCUGAUAUUCCAGACAUACCUUCCCCUUUGAUGCGACCGCCAAAAUCCGGAGUGAAAUCUGCGACGACAGAAACGAACGCUCAUUUGCCUUUGUCAGCUGCUCCUGCUCAGAGAAAUGGUACUGGUAAGUGAAACGGAUGGGGCUCCGUUUACUUGCAAGGUACAUCAGAAGAUUAACUGUACGGCCUCAAAGAUUUGCGAUCAGGAGUUUUCUUCUUCCGUUUUAUUUAAUUGCGUAACUUUUUACUACUUACACAUGUAAAUAGUGUUCAUUACUGCGAAGAUCGCUGUCAUAUUACUAUUUCUUAAUCAGCAUUGCACAUAGAUGAUUUUCAUAUAUCCACAUUCAUUUAGUUGGUAGAGCGCUUCACUGAUAAAGGUCAUAGGUUCAAAUCCCGUUCAGGCCUGAAUUUUUUUCAUUAGAGUUCAUUACUGCAAAGACCGCUUUCAUUUUUAAGAGAUAUUUUGUUGAAGGGAUUGGAGUCGGCAUAAUUAUCUCAGGCUGUUCCAAACCCAGCGAGCCAUUUCUAUUAGCAUUUUCCAAACCCUUAACACCCUAACAUCAGUAUGCAUAUUCUCCAUACUGUCUCUAUAUGCUCUUCUUAAAGUGCUGACAAUUUGAAUUUGAAUGUGCAGAUUUUUACAGUCAUUUUAAAAGUAUUUGUGAUUUCUGCUUCAUAAUCACUGUAUUGAAGAUUGAAGAAGCCUGCAUAUGCAAUUUUGUAUUUUUAUUGUCAUCAGAUACUCAAAGAACACCCAAUCCAGGUGGAGCUGAAAGUAGCAGGCCACAGGAUGGUGUUGAUAGUAUGAUCAGAAAUCAAGUUGGAAGACAAGUUGACAGACUUUUUGUAGGUUCAUGAUUCUUUUUAAACCCUUUGCAUCCAAACAUCUGUAUACAUAUUUUCCAUGAUGUUCUCUAUACAUUUCUUGACACAGAGAAUUUGUCUGAAAACCAAGAGCUUUUUGGUUAGGGAUCAUUUUGUUUACUCACAAUAUUCCUCUGUUUGAUUCAAAGGUAAUAUUUUAAUUGUAAGGAGGAGUUACUUGAUACAUGUAGUCACUCAUGAGGGUCAAGUUGUCUGAAACCUUGAAGUUACAGCUGAUUGUGUAGUCUGAUCAUCAGUGUAAGAUAAUCUUAAAAAGGGGUUUUGCUAAUAAAUCAGGGGCUGAUUUUUUGUCAUGCAAAUUACUUAGUUGAAAACCUGUGAUAUUUGGAGAACUAGAAGAACUGCUUGUGGUGGUGGUUGGGGUCUAACCGCCUUUUGACCUUCCUGCCACUCAGAAGUUUAUUUUUCUCCCCCAACCAACCCCUGUGAUGCUAAAAUGUAUCAGUACAGGACCAGCAAUGUUGGCCAACGGUUUAAUACAAUUUUUGUCUACAGUCAAGUGAAAUGAAUGAUCUUCAUGGACACUUAAUAUCUAAGGCCAGUGAGGUUGAUCAACUUAGAGUGGAUCUUGCAAAGAUGGAGGUAUUUUUACAAUUUUGUUAUUUGCAGAAAAUAAGGUUGCAAGUCCAAUCAAUCUUCUGUUAUGCUUCAUUACCUUUUUAUCCCAUAAACUGUACCUAUAUGUAACAUGUUUAGUGUGCAAAAACUGUAGGCAACACGAUUCUUGUUGUGAGAUGCAUGUGUUUUAGCUUAUGACACAUCCUUAUACAAUUGAUAUCAUUAUUGAAUUGUAGAGCACUGAAUAGGCAUACCUCUUACAAACCAAGUUUGAGGUCCAUGCAGUAAGUUAUGGACCAAUUUUUUAUGCUCGAAUUUAUGGCCCUAGCACAAAGUGUGCAGGAAAUAAAUCCAAGCAGAAAACAUAAGGUUCCACAACUUACAGAACAGACUGAGAAAGCAACUGGUUAGUAAAAUAUUUCAUACAUUUCUUGCUUCAAAGGGGGAAGAUUCUGAUUAAAACAAAUUUUUGAAUUUUUUAGGCUGCAUUUUAGUACUGUAAAUGUUAUGGCACACUCUGAUUUGCAACGCUGUUGAAAUUCCUAAAUUAUUUUUGAAUACUUCAUGAUCAUGACUUUCUUUUGCAUGCAUCAAUCAUUCAUAAGUUUAAUAAAUUUAAUAAUCUUAUGACUCCAUUUACAGCACAGAGAAAGAGAGAUUUUGUCUAGAAUUUCACGUCCAACAAAUGUGUCAGCAACUCCUCUACCUACUACUCAUUAGUAAGUACUACAACCUUUAAAGAGUUUACUGAUAUAAAAAUACGUCAAUUGACAGAAUAAAAGACUCAGAGCUAGAGGUCAUGUGUUCCAUGCCAUUCUCUUUACAUUUCCUGUGGUAGAAGGAUAAUUUUUUCAACAAACAGGAGCUUUGUGAAUUUGUCAUCUUUCCCUUUUUUUUCGUCAUGAUCUCUAUAUUUGAUUCAAAGGUGAUAUUGUAUGAAUAAAUUAGAAGCCAGUCACUCUCAGAAGUUAAAGGGUUUAAGUAGAUGUAAUUGUCCUGCUUUAAAACCCUUUAACUCCCAGAUUAAAUUUGUCAUUCUCCUUACUGUCAACCAUACAAUGCUUAUAAUGUUAGGUCAGAGAAUUUGGUGUUGGAUCAACCAAUUAUCCCCAAAUUGAUAUUUUUUUUCAUUCUCGUCACUUUUCUGGUUGAUAUUGUAUUGAUAUUGUAAGGAGAAAUUCUGGCUUGGUCACUCAUGGGAGUUAAUCUAAUAAAGAAAUGUUUUUAAUCAAUUGAUGAAUUGUUAUUUCUCAUCUAACAGCAUAUUUUUUUUUUCAUAGUUCCAGCAUCAGUUCUACUUACGGUGCACCCUUAAGAACAGGAGAGCUAGGUGGCAGUACAGUAGGGUAUCCUUCAGGUAUUCCAAACAUAGGAGCAGAGUUUGGUAUCAGACAAUCAAGUGCUCAGAUCGAUGAAUUGAAAAAGAAGCUAAAAAUGGUAAUUACUCCCAUUUGAAUGGUACAAUUAAAGCCACUUCCUUUGAUUAAAUAUUGAAUCUUUUAAACCUUUGAAAAAAAUAAAAGUUACAUGUAGAUUUGUUGUUAUUCAUUUCCGCAAUCGAAAGGCUAUGUGUAGUUUGCAUCGCAGCACAAAAGAUACCUCUAACCCUAAGGCUUGCCAAAACAGUUUCCAUGUACAUGUGUAGGUUUUGUACCAAGGGGUGAGUGAAAGUACAAAAAUUAGGAAGGGGUGGGGUGGGGGAGUGAAUAUCAAAAAGUCAGGAGAAAAUGAAUUCUGAUCAUUGGGUGUAAAAGCUUGAAAGAACUAUUUUCAACUUACUCCUUAUUUGAAAUUCAUAUUUCUCUUUUCUACUAUCUAUUACUCCAAGCUUCUUACAGGGUUCCUACAGGUCCUGAAAAUCCUAGAAUUUUAUUUCAACAUUUUCCAGGAUCUUUUAGUCCUGGAAAAAGACUACAGGUCCUGGAAAGUCCUGGAAAUCUGCUAACAGUUACUCAGUAAAGUUUCAAAAUUUACAUGAUAGGAAAUAUGUGUAGACUGUGAGGAGAAUUGAUCUUGAAAUUUUUGGAAUAGAGGGCUUUAAGGUGAAAUCUGAGCCCUUGAAAAGUCCUUGAAAUUUGUUUCUGAAAAAGGGUACAAAACCUGUUCUUACUAUUUGUGCUUUCAGUGUAACUUUCAAAUAAUUGUUUUUUACAAAAGGAGUAGCAAUGUUGGUUGGGUUAAUCUAGACCUGUAUAGCUGAAUCUGUGCCAUAUUACUUAUGGGAUUUUAUUUGCACUUUUUUUUUUUUUGUACAGACCACAGAGCUUUGCGCAAAACAAGAUACAUAUUACAGAGAGGUGAUUGUUGAACUUGAAAAUCGACUGAAGGAAACUAUUGCAGGAAGGGAUCAUGUGUUAGCACUUAGGUAAGUUCAUGUACAUGAACAGUGUAGGUUGUCGCUCAGAAUUUGCAAUUUAGCUAUGUUCUCGGAUCAAUGAAAGUUAGAUCAACUUUAAUGUAACUUUAUUUACAUCUGAUAGUACACAACUCUUACUGAAGGAGUUCUCGGCCGUAAGUUACAGACUUGUCUAAUUUUUUUUGUUCUUUUUAACUGAGCAAAAAAAAAGUUCCAUUACUUUCAGUACGAACCGAGAAAACGAGGUUAAUAAGAUAUUGAUUAUCAUAACUUUGGAUUCAAAUUGUGAGGAAAUAAUCAAUUUAAACCAACUUUUGAAUUUAGUGAGCCAUGCAGGAAAAUAAAGCGCACGAAAUCGACCAAUCAUAGCGAAUGAGCGAUAUGAUAAAUGCCGAUGUUUGUGUAUAUGCUAAAACAGAAGAUAGCGUCGAAGGCCGACGAUAUAACCCAAGUGAUUUUCCCCAAUUUUCAAACCUUACGUCCACCACGACAACUCUUCGUAUAAAUUUAAUUCAAGAUGAGAGAGCGUUUUCUGAUCGUUACAGUAGGAAGGGGAAUAUGUGUUUUUUAAUAAAGUCGAACCAGAGAACACUUAAAAAAAAAAACAUCGCACGCAGCAAACGAUAAGCUGUUCGUGAACAUUUUUUCACGUGCGUUACAAAAUAUUUGAAGGAUGAUAAACUGUGGUGGGAUGGGAUAGGAAUGGGAUGCAACAACUUUGGAGCGUAUUUCAAGUCAAAUUCAAAAAUUGUUACUCAAAUGUCUCUCGUGUCAAUACUCGCUGUGCCUCGUACCCUUGUGGGAAAGUGAGCCCAGAAUCUUCACUCCUAUACUGUAGAGCAGUUUUUUAUUGAACGUCAAAAAGCAUAGAGCGAAGGUUAACAUUAAAGCAAAGGAAAACGCGAGUGACUAAGCUGCGAUUGUUUUUAGUUUUACGUCUGAUUGGCUGAGAGGAUGGCACAGGUUUUCUUUCAUAGAUUAGUUAGGUAAACCAAAGCAAUCCCAGAUUACGUUCGACACUCAACCGAAAAUUGCCGUAUACUUGUAAUUCUUGUGUCUUCGGUAAUUACAGGGAAAGUGAGGCUUCGGGUCAGUUGCAGUUGAUUCACCAAUUGGAGGCUGGACUGAGGAAACAACAGCAGGCUAUUGAUGCAAAGGAUGAGGUACAUAAGAAUCACUUUUAAAUAGUUUCUGUCGGAAAAAAUCUCAUUGGAUUUUCUUCUCUACUCUCAUGCGCCCUCGUGCGUAAACACAAUUUUACUAGGCACUCGCACCAAGAGGGCCCGCUGAACUUUGAGAACAAAUGAAGUUGUCCUUGAUUGUUUUUUACCUUGAAUAGAAGUUUGAUGGACAUGCUUAAAAUACCUUCGUUUUCUCCGAAACAUACAUGGUCUAGUAACGGAGAAACUUGUUCUCAUAAGGAGCAAACAUGAUAUGUUUGGUAGCCAGACAUCUGAACUUUCUUUCAAAAAAAAACUUGGAUACUACGAGCUUCCCCCCCCCCCCCCCAUUGAUAUUUUUUCUUUAUUCUCCUCACUUGUCUGCUUGAUAUUUUAAAGGAUUGAACAACCGUUCAGCAAAUUUUCGCGCCAAAGUUUGAAAUUCAACGGAGUCGAUAAGAUGUUUUCAAAAAAAGUAAUUUUGCGGUAAAGACAGUUUGGUAUCUGUUUGUGUCCUAAAGCGUUUUGCGCCCCAAAAAAUACCAAGAUCAACAAUAUAGUUACGUUGCUCCAGAACAACUGUAUUAAACUUGCUUCUUUAUAUUUCAGACUUUAACUAAGAUGGAAUCUGAUAAAAGACAGCUUGAAGUCGAGCUGGCAGAUCAUAAAGUUUUCUUGGACAAAGUGAAACGAAUAUCACUGGAGGAAGAAAAGAAAAGAUUCCGCUCAGGACUAGUUACCAGUGCAUUGGAGAACAACGUGGCUAUCGGCCAGAUCGGGGAUGCUUUAGUAGAAAUCCUUCAAAAGUGUCUCUUUGAUGAUGAUAACGAGAAGAAAACGCUGCAGUCAAAGUUAGAAAGGGUAAGGGAGAUGGUACGCUCAUAUUUUACGCAACAUUAUGCUACAGCAGUGGCGGAUCAAGGCGCUCCUUAUUUUGGGUUAAAAAAAAAAAAAGAAUCGCAGAAGGAUGAAAAGCUGGCGAAGCAAGCGACAAAAAACAGCUCCCCCUCCUUAGCUCAAGGUCUAGAUCCGCCAUUGUACUGUAUGAUUAUUGACCUACCAUGGUUUUUUUAACGCUAAAGAAAAUUACUCAAUUGUAUUAAACAAUGUUAGUGAAAAUUAAUCGCUGAAUCAACGCCAAUAUCUGGGUAACUGUGCAUCUACCCAACCCCCCCUCCUUCAACCUAACAACUGUUGACUGAUAUCAAGGCGCAUUUAAGGUUUAUUAUGGAUUGGAGGUAUGGUACAUGUACAUCUAGGUACGAGGUUGCUAAGAUACUGACAUUGUUCUAAUGGGCCCGCUUUUUGUAAGUCGAGAGUCCACCACGUACGUGUUGUAAACUGCAAUUAACUGCCUAGAAAUGCUUGUUGUUCUUCACGUGCUUAAUGCCGUCUGAUAUUGUUCUUUAGCAUAAUUAUUCCACUCAAUCUCAAUAAUCUUCCCUUAGAUGGCAGAAAGUGAUUUUCUGAUAAUGUUUGUGACUGACAAACUUUGUAAUCGCUUAAUAAAAGGACAAGACAAAAGAACGCAAGAUUGUCUUAGUGAGUGGGUUACCUCAUACGAAAACUUGAAUUGUCUUUAUAUAUCAAAGAUCAACUGCAAUUAUCAAUUUGGGUUUGUGAUCUUUUGUGCGCUAAAAAAUCGUGGUAUCUCGCUCAAUCUCGUUCAAUAAGUAUGUAAUGUUUGUGUGCACUAUACAUUCCGUAGGUCGAGACAGAUCUGAGAAGCAGCAAAGAACGUAUUGAUGCUACACAAGAUGAACUGCGAAGGGAUUACAAAGCCAGGUGAGAAAGUACGGCCAGCGAUUUCUUGCAGCCAAAAAAUUUCAGCUUAAAUUUCCUGCAGAUUUUUCAAACUUCCGAGUGCUCUUUCUUCGUGUGGUGUUUUUGUAAGGUAGGUAUCCGUUGUCGAAACGGGAUGCCAUUUUGUGUUUCUUCGUCUGCUUCGUAAUUUCCUCUUUGCUAGUAUCAAAAGCGCUAUUCACUUGUAUGAACUAUACUGAUCUACAGUUUGUUAGCCCGAGCUUAUACGGUGUUAAGAGCGGAAACAACCCACACAAAUGUAAUGAUUUCAAAUAAGAGUAAUACCUCUUUUUUAGGCUAUCGAAGCUGGAAGAGGAACAUAAACAGGCGUUAGAUUCCUCAGCCAAUAAAGCAGCCCAGUUAAGGAGAGAGCUGGACAGUUUACAUGAAGAAACAGAUAAACUCAGGUGAGUAACUCUAGUACCUGUUCUUUACUUGAAGAAACAGAAAACCGGGUUCUUUAUAUGUGGGUGGUGUUAAUACACGUAGGUCUAUGCUCAAUCUGAGUUCUUAUGCUAAAUUUUACAGAGGGCAACAUCAAAUAGAAGUUUCUGCACUGGAUGACAAAACGAAAUGCCUUCAUCUUGAGCUGGAAAAGACUAAAAAAUCAAGUCACGAAACCUCACUGCAAUUAGAAACAAAGGUAUGUAUGUUGUUAAUAUCAAUACUUUCAACUGUUGUGUACUUUUUGAACCUAUCUUGGAUAAGAGUAAUCUCCAAACAUCAUGUAGUUCAUGAAUACGAGACUUUUGCAACCGGGGGUCGUAAUGUUUUUAUAUGCAUGAAAAUGACUGAAUUUUUAUCAGAUUAUGAUAAAACUUCAGCAUUAAAUUACUGGCAUAAGUCAACAAACUGCGAUGCGCUCUAACUUCAGCACGAACGGGAGGUCGAGCCGAAUGAUUGCGUAUUGUGAGGGGUUUUGAAUAAUUUGGUUCACUCCUUGAAUCCUUUGUAAAAUCAAUAACUGGAAAUGAGCCUGAGUAACGUCUCAAAAUUAAGCGAAGGCCCCAGCCGUGGAAUUGUCGUUGUUUCACAGUACUGGUACCUUUAAUACAAAGAAUUUCAAACCUCAAAACUUUCGAGAAAAGAACUUUAUUCUUGUUCGUUAAAGCGGAUUAUUUUCAUCCCCUUAGAACAAAGAAUUGGAAUCCACUGUUCGGGAAUUGACAGCUGAACUUCAAGUUGUGAAAGAAGAGAAACAGAACUUACUGGAGCGUGUUUCGCAAGAGCAAGCAAAUGUUAUUUCUGUGAACGAGAAGCUUAAAGCUGCAGAGAAACUUCGACAAGAAACAGAAGCGAAGAACGAAGGUCUCAGCAAAGAAUUAGCGGUUCUUCGGGAAACGUGCCGUGAAGAAGCCAAUAGUUUAAGAACUGAUAUAAGUGAAAAAGAUAAACUAAUGAAAGACAUUCGCGAAGAGAGUGCUAAACUUCGAGAAAGAGAAGUCGAAAGAGCAAUUAAUCAAGAAAGAGAGAAGGCGAACGCUCGCCUUGAUGGUAUAUUAAACGAGCUUACGAAAUCCAAUCAGGGUAUUUCCACCUUGACAGCUGAUUUAGAAGGGAAAAAAUUAGAUUUAUCGAAGCAGCGAGAAGAUAAUAUUAAAUUGAAAGAUGAUCUAGAUUUGAAAACUAAGGAAAUGAACCUUAUGAGAGAGGAAAAAAUUCGUUUAGCUGCGGAACUUGAAAAAAGACACGACGAAAAUGAUAAUCUGCGUAGAGAAGUUGAAGAAUUGGGUAGAACUUUAGAGGUAAAAUCAAAGGAUCUCUCCGAAGCGGAGAACUGUGUUAGUAAACUUCAAACUCAACUCAAGGAAAGAGAGAGGACCAUAGAGAAUUUUCAAGUGCAAGGAACAAACCUUGCUGAAAUUAUUGAAAGAAACAGUCAAACGGGUGACUCGCUACAACGUGAGAGGGAGCAACUGAUUCGAACGCUGGAGGACAGAAUUAGUGAGGUGGAAGAAAUGAAGAGUCAUCGCGAAAUCUUAGCAAAAAAAUUGAGGUCAAAGGACAAACGUGUCAAGGAACUGGAAGAGGAAAGGAACUCUUUAACAAAUAGUUUGAAUAUUAAGCAAGAGGAGUUAAACGCUCUAAUGGAGGACCGAAGUAACAUCAUGGCGGAGUUGAAAUUGCGGCAACUUGAAGUGACAAAGUUGAAAGAGGAAAACAGUUCAUUGAGUUCACUGAUCGAAGGACAACAUGGAGAGCGCGAGAAGGAGAUCACCAAAUUGUUAUCUCGAUUAAAAGGUGACAAUAGUAGCUUUAACCCUUUAUACCUUGAUUUUAGUACAAGAUUCAUAAUUCUCCAUACUGUUCUCUGUACAUUUACUAGGGUGCCGGCAAGGAGAAUUUGUUUAACAAUCAAGACCUAUAAUUGGUGAUCAUUUCCUUCAUUUGCAUGACCUCAAUGUUUGAUUCAGAGGUGAUAUUCGUUUCUUCGCCUACAUUGUGGAGAAACGCGUGUCUUGCAACACUUAUAAUGAAGGCCUACAGUCAAAUUUCUUGGCCCGAUAUCAGGGUUUUCCCCCCCCCCCUUUCUCCUUCUCCCAUCCCCUCCGCACUCGUCGCUUUUUUUGCUCCCUUUCGCCCCAUGCCCUCGCAUGGCCCAUGCCUCUGCCGCUUGAAUGAAAGGAACGAAAAGAUUUGUGUAAGCUCUGCUCAAGCUUGUCGGUCCGAUAGUCAUUUGACUUAAACUCUUAAAUUUACGAACACAGGGGUAACAAAGUACCAAUUCAGACUUGUAUUUUAACAUAUAACUAAUGUAUGGAAUGAAAGAGAGAGAACUGAGAAAUAUGCUUGAUUGACUGUGAUAUCUACAAGUAUGCUUUCCCUAUGUUUACCUCCCAAGGUUCUGAGCAGGACUUAGCUUUAACGCGAAAGCUUCUGAAAACGAAAGGUGAUAUGAGUGGGAAAGGUGAGUAUUGCUGCAUAGCACAGUUUGAACGCAUUGUACCUUGGGACAACGGAUGACGGUGUUGAGGAAUUUCCGAAGUAAUAGGAAGUUUCUUCGAAAUAACCCGUGAUCCGGUUCGUCUUUUAAGUUGUUAUGUAACUAUUUGAGGACUAAAUGCUGCUUUACAGCUAAAAUCUCCAUGGAAAUUCUCGUCUCUUCUUAAAAUUCCGCGUGGGGUGAUAACCAUAUAGAUUUAAACCCAGUAAAAUUUGUUCAAUUCUUUGUUAAAUUUGGAUCAAUGUCAGUGUCGGGGGACUACGAACCUACCCUUCCCCUGACCCACUUGCUGUCCGUUGUUAGUUGUUAGUGUAGGGGGAAGGUAGGUACCCAGUUGCUCAGACACUGAUCGGGAAAUUUUGGUUCCAACUAACGUGAUAACCGUGAAAUAUAAGUCGGGGUGAGGAGUGCGAAGUGUGUUGUUUGAUAUUGAAGGCGCUGCUUCACGACUUGUUUGCCCUUUUUUGCGAUGUGUAAGGAUUGCCUUGGAAUGAAAAACGUUGAUAAGUAGUACAAUGGGGAAGACGAGGGACAAAGAUGGAAGAAACAAGGCACCGGAAGGCCGAUGGAGAAGAUUAUCAUAGACUACCCCGAGAGCGCUUUUCGAGUAAUCGCAACGGCCGAUCAGAGGAAAGGAAAGUACUCUUUAGAGCCAGUGAGAUCUCAAAGUAAAAGCAGCCAAACUGCCUAAAGCGCGGGAAAACGCGGGUGACUAAGUCGUGAUUGUCUUCGUUUUGCAUCUGAUUGGUUGAAAAAGCGGAGCGAGUUUUCUGCGUGCAUUGUCAUACAACACAAGUUGAAGCAGUUUCUUUAAUUUAAAGUACGCCUACUUCAAAGACUGAGAAGUUUUGCCUUCUGUUUGUUUUAAAAGCUGUACGAGUGGCAAAUGCUAUGCAAGAGGAGGUAACCGCCAAGCGUGGAGAACUUGACGCUAUACAAAACAAGUUAGUUAUCCGCAGUGUGAUUCUAUUUAACAUUCUAUUUUUUCUCUGGUUAGUUCGACUAAAAAAACACAAUCAAAUCUACUGUUUUUCUUCUUGUUUUGUAGAAUUCACUGGUUAACAGAAAGUCUCAAUAACGUCUCCAAGGUAAAUUGCACUUUGCUUGUGUAUCACGAUGUAGAGCCGGGUCCUAACCUUUUACACUAAUAUCAGUAUACAUAUUCUUACUGUCCUCUAUACAUUUCCCAAGCGGCUGACAAGGAGAAUUUGUUUAACAAUCAAGAGAUUUUUUAGUUGAUAAACAUUUCCUACAUUCUUGUGACCUUAAUGUGUGAUGCAGGGAUGAUACUGUGAGGAGAAAUUAUUUGCUAGUCAGUCUUACGGGCCAAAGGUUAACCCCCCGCAUAAAAUUAUGCAGCAUGCUCAAAAAAUAAAAAAAACUAGGGCAACCUGUCUUCGGUUUCUCUGUAAUCCGCAGAGCGAGUUUUCGAAAAUUUGAUCCGGCAAAAUGUUCAUGAUCUAGUCAAAGCUCCCUUAUCUUGCUACCUCUCAGCUACCCAUACAUUCAUCGUUUUGGCCUCUGUCCUUCUUCUGAAUGACUCUACAUUUUCAACAUUGAGAAGAAAAUCAUCAUUCAAAUAGCGUUUCAAUUUGCCUUUCAACCGGUUUAAAUUUACAUUAUGUCCAUACAGAAAGCGCCACUCUUUUAAAUGAUUGCAGUCCGCCUUUUCGAUACAAGUCGAUACGAUACAACUUCAGUUAUUUCGAUACCAACCAGUGAAGGUGUAAUUGGAUAUUUUCAACAGUCUGCCAGUCCAAUAAAAGGAGUUUAAGAUGUUAAGACGGCACUGAAUUUUUCGGAGAUAUACCUUGCUGCGAGAAGAGAUUGGCGAAGGACUUCACUAGUUUGUAUCGAAAUGACGUUCUACGUUUAUUAAAUGACGACUUUAUCAAUGAAUCGAAUCGACUUCAGUUUGUAUUGAAUCAACCUGUAUCGAAACGACCGUAAAUCAAAUGCUUUUGUGGUAUUCGUUUGGUUUUUAGGACGCGCGUUAUUAUGAAAGGAAAAGCAGUGAAUUAUCAGAAACGUCAGAAAAACUGGCAGGUCGCCGAGACCAGUUGGAAUUCGAGCUGCGGAAGGUCCUAGAACAGAAAGAUGAGUAUAAAAAACAAGUCAACCACAUGGAGCAGGCCCUUGAAAAGGUAUUAAUUGUCAACGACUAGUUUUUAAAGGCAUAAUUUAGGCGAUUACAGAUGAUAAUUUAAAUACCACUAUUUAAAUGUUGACAUCAUUGGACAUUAAAAAUAAAAUAGAAUAACGAUGAGGAUCAAGGCAAACUGACAAAGCUAAAUACGAAGGAAGUUCUUGUUUGAGUUUGUGUUUAUUUCAGUGCAAAAUAGGAAUCGUUUAUAGCCUAAUUCGGUGCCCCUCAAAUUGUAGGGAAAAUAACGGUGGGAUUCUAUCCCCUCCAUCCCAGAAAUCGCUCAUCCGCUGAGGAGGCAAUACGUUUUUCAGUAAUCGAGUCUCUUAUUCCUAAUGUACAUCGUCAUACCUCCCUCAUAGGCAGCUCUCGAGCAUGCAGACUCGCAGGGUAUCAUCGAGAAGAUGGAACAAGAGAUGGCAAGACUUAAACUGAAGCACUCACUUGAGAUAAAGGUAUACCAUCAUCGUGCACAACACCAGAGUAUGACAUGUCCGUUUGCACUGUUGGGUAUGUAGAAGUAACUUUACAUUAUCUACAAUUUCGAUGUUGUCUUCUAGGAACUUGAGCGGACAUCCAAGGCACCCAUGACUGUCAGACCAGAAGCUGCAACGCUAGUUGAACUGUUGACAAAACUAAACACUGGUUUUAGGUGAAUAUUUCAAUUAUUUUUUUCUACUGCCUGAUUACUACAUGCCUAUUAGUCCAUUUUCGAGAUGAUUUUUGGAAGUAAGUAAGCUUUCUAAUGACACAAAUACCCCAAAACUCAUGUUAAGGUCAUCCUGCACCGCUAGACACGGUGAACAAUUCUUCUUACACUUCCUACGGUGCAACUUUUCGAAUUCACCAUUCUUUAACCCUUUAUACCCUAACAUCAGUAUGCACAUUCUUCUUACUCUUCUGUACAAAUUUCGUCAGGUACUGACAAGGAGCUUUUGCUUAACAAUAAGGCGCUUUUUUAGUUGUUGACCAGUUAUUCUCGUGACCUUAAGGCGUGAUUCAGGGGAAGUAAGGAGAAAUUAAAAACCAGUCAGUCCACCUGGUUACAGGGUUGAAGUCAAUAAUUGAUAGCAACAUGAACAGAGACUACCAUCCACAGAUGUAUGUUCGUCAUCAAUGAUCGAUCGAAAAAUAAGCUUUAAGUCAAAGUUCAUUUAUUGCUAUUGAUUAUUGCUGCUAGUCGUUAGUAGUUUUAGCGUAAGGAAAAGUCUCCUUACCGAAAAUGAAAGCUAAAGUUCUUUACACAUAAAACUGAGUUUUUCCAAUGGGUGCAAAUAUAUUUGGAAAAGGAGUUGGUAAUGAAACAAUCAUAAUCGGUCGGCAGGUAAGUUAGUAGGACUGUCGAUUGGUCGAUACUGAUCAACAUCAACAAGGUUAAGUUUAUUUGUUUAUCACUUUUAUAUCCUUCGUUUAAUUUCCUUCGGUUAACAAUCCUUGAAAACUUAGAAUUGUAAUAAUGAAAACAAAAACCUGGACGUAUUUAAAUCUACUUAACCAAAAACAAGUUUUGUGACCUAUCCUCGCGAUUUUUUUUCCCUUUGCCCACCAACACCACCCACCCAGCCAGCCAGAGCUUAUCCCGGUUUCUAUUACAUGAGGCGACCAGGCCCAUUACUGCUCCUCCGUGGAUACCUGUCCAUCGUAAGGUUACCCCUCAGCGUGUCAUAAGGCUUCUCUGACAAUUCGCUAGCACCUGUCUAUAAUCCUCAGCCCUCCAAGCUGCGACCAUCUUGGUCGCUAUGCAAGUGAAAAAUAUAGUCGCCAUUUGGCGACAAACAGGUUAAAGCAAAAAUGACCAAAAUGUUUAUUUUGGCAACCAUUUUACGGUUGAAGGUCGCCAAAAGGCCACUUUUUGAAAAAUUAAUCUUGAAGCGCUGCUCCUUGGUGGAGAGAAAAUUCUACUCCUCAAUUUAUUUUGUUAAUUUCUAUUUGCCUACUGAAGGUGGCCCCCGCUAACCACUCCAGCAAAUUACACCAAUGUUCUCUUAACUCAGAAGACUGGUAUUCCUCAGCAUUUCCCAACACCUCUACCGCUUUCCCAGGGCUCUCAGUCUGAAGUGGCAGAAUCGGAGAAUGGACAGCUGAUGCAAAGUGGGCCCUCUCGAGAGGUUAAGCGAAAGUUCUUUACUUUGUACUUUGUUUGUUGUGAGACUUGUGACGUAAGAUUAAAAUAUGAUAGUUUCUUGAGCCAUUCGAAUUCAUAUUUGCAUCCGUAGACAAGUGAAGCCUCGUCGAAGAAAAACGAUGAAGUUACAGAUGACCUGAAAACGUUACUACAUGAAGUGCGGAGCUUGAUCUCAAGUUUCCAAGCGCACGUCACCCAAACUGCGACUCCAGCCAAGACUCCGAAUGCUCCGUCUGCGUCACAGGGUUCUCUUGCUGAGCGAGCGCUGUUGUACGACUGCCCCGUGCGUCCUGACGAACCAUAUGUGGGAAAAAGUGAGCAGCAGCGUGCUGUCGGCGAGACAACCUCUGACAAGAAAAAUUCUGGUCCUUCAAGUGAGGAUGAAAAGCAAGGCCAAACAAGAAACGGUGACAGGAAAGAUCGUGGCGCAACCCAGAAGGGGCAUCUUCGUUCUAAGCCCUUUAUUUCCCGAAGGCACAGGCAGGAAAUCAACAGAGAAGAAGGUUCAUCUGCAUCAACAGAUCUGAAUUCGAAAGUCAGCGGCAGAUGCGAUUUCGACGAGGUCAGCGACGAUGUCAACGACUUUGCAAUUCCGCUACACAGUUCGUCUCCAAAGAGGGUUGAUAUUGCAUCCAGUGAUGCAGUCAGCGAACGUUCACAAGCAUUUGACAGGCCCCUUUCAUUGUCGUCGUCGUCGAUUCACAGUGACCACUCAGAUGUCACCUCUCUUUUAAUGGACCGAUCAACUUCCACUGUGGACACUGUUAUCUCACGUGACAUCCUGAACGCGGCUCGUUCUUGGAAGCCAAAGUCGAGCGCAUUGUCAGUUACAAGUAAUCAGUCAACUUCAAAUGAAAUGUCUGGUUUGGCGCCGUUACCAAACGGCAAGUCGCGCUAUUUGCCUUUAAGCGAAAACGAAGGAAGACGAAAUCUUGAUUCAGAGUCUGCCCGACGUAAGUAUGAGCCCCAAAAACGAGGAGAUUUCAUUUCAAGGAAAGAGAGUGACAGAAUCUUAACAGCAGGUGAUAUGCUUGUUGGUAUAUUUAGUCUUAAUAUGUGGCGAUCUAUAAAAGCCUACUUAGACCCGUUUAUACUGAAUCUUUACUUGUCUAUGUUUGCGCGUCGAAGUGAUGCUACCUUGCUUUUCAUGAAAGAGCAGACAAUGGCUGGAACAAAUCGAUGUAAAAUUACAUGGUUUACCUACCACAUGGCACACAUUAGCAUGCUUGUAAUUCGAGAGUAAGUUCUAGUUUGAAUGACCUAUUUUUGUCGCUUACUAAAUUGCUACUCCACCUCGUCCUGGUUUGCGAAAAUCUGACAGCACCAAACCUCAACAGUCCUCUUUUCGCACUAUUUUCUCCAUUUUUGUUUGUUUGAUUUUGCUUCCAUUUCUUUCUUUCUUUCUUUGUUUUCUUUGUUCUCUACAUUAUUUUCAACGAACUUUGCAGCUGAAGAACCUGCGAGGAAAAAGUCAUCAGAUGGUGAACCUGUGUACAGUCGUGCCGAGAUGAUCUUGAGAUCGCUUGCACAAACUGGGGAGCAACUUACCAAGAAAAACAGAGGUCGGUUGUAAUAUAAAUGACUUCAUAAAACACUCAUCAUUCGAAAAUAUGUUGGGUUAAAAUUUUCCGAACGUUAAUUCUUCUUAACUUUCCUGGAGGAAACAUAACAAGAGUGAACCGUAUCAUUCAUUAUGACCCAUUGUUCGUAAAACGUGAAAGUGAUGGAAACAACAAACAGAGAAAAAUCUCUGUUAGUUAUCAGUAUGGUAGCUUUAACUUUGUAAUUCGUAAUCGGCUCAUUUCAGCCGUCGGGAUGCAGGACAGAAACUUUUCCACCAAUUUUCCGACGUCGCGCCCAUUACCGUUUGUUUGAUUGUUGGUCUUUACUUUUUCUCUGUGAAGUUUAUUAACGUUGAGCACCUUCAUGUGACGUGUGAAUGUGCUUGGAUGUUUGUCCAUGGAGAGAGUAGGUCGUCAUUAUUAGCGCUGCGGCACGAUUGCUUCCUCGUUUGCUGGAAAUUAUGAGGCCUUGAGCUCCGCAAACCAUUGCCCUUUACAGAACGUUUACAAACACCGCACUGUCGCAAGAGUAUGUUGACUUUUUAAAGUGACUAAUAGGAACAAACCAACAUGCUUCUCCUUUAACAGUAGCGAAAAGUGUCCUUGGCUUUGAGCAACUUUUACAGAAAGACUUCAUAUCAAACGCAAUUUCUUUAAAAUCGGGGAAUGUCAGCGCAUAUUCCUCUGCUUCAGCAAGGGGCCUGUUUGGUCUCAUUGUAGUUUUGAACCAAUGGCGUGCCUGAGAAAAUACUUUAAUGAUGUGUCAAAUUUUACUACUUUGAUAGAUUAAUCUUCCUUUUGCGUUCUUAGAGAUCGAACACUUGUUGAAGGAACAAGACAGACGAAUAAAAAAGUGCCGGAAAAACGAGGACCACAUGCAUGCGCUUCUGUCUUGAGUACAGUACCAUGAUCAUGAAAACUCGGUUAUCUAUCUCUAUAGUUACGGUUGUAUGCAUUGUGGUUAAGACUAAGAUGAUAUGCAAUUUCCGUGUGAAAAGAAAUGUAUACUUUGCGUAUCUUUUUAAGAGAAAAAGUAAGUACCUCAUAAUAAGAACAUUGGCGGCCUCCCCUUGUAGUUCAUUCCCUUUUCUCUCUCUUUUUUUUCUUUCCUUCCAAAUUAUUUGUUCUUCACCAUUUUCGCUGCAACCCAUUGCAGACAUCCUUUUGCUAUUAAAUAUCUUCUUUUGCCGUUCAGCAAAACUUCGUUAAUGGAAAAUAGGUAAAGAGCUUGCCUAAAUCAAUUUUCUAGACUUGUCAGGAACUUUUUCUUUUCACCGUGCUAAAUAUUUUUUUUUUUAUAACAAUCAAUAUGCUAUAUCGAAGUUAGCUGUGUAAUCUAUGUACUCGCACACUAACCGGACAAAACCACGAACUGCAGCCGAAUUGCCGGUGAUAACCAUGUAUUUUAGAAGAAACGAAUCUCUGAGGAAUGUGUGAUAUAAACGACAGAUAUUAGAUAGGAAGUGACUGAUUAUUAUCUUGAGAAGCGUUCAGCAACCUUACCAUAUGUAAUUUACCGCUGUUUCUAACUUAUGUAAUUUAAUAUUGAAAUAUAAACACGCGUGGGAUUCUUGAUUUAUUACUUUGGACCAUUUCAAGCGACCACUUACUUCUAUGGAGUGCGCUAUACCCGUCCACUGUUAUUCGUUCACGGCACAAGGCGUAAGGUCCAUGUUGAAAAGUAAAUAUGAAACGAUAAAUUCCAAUUGAAAGUGUCUCGCCUCCUGUUUUCAGUGGGUGCCUUUCACUCUCCCUCUAUUCAAAAUUUGAUCAGUGG